GCUAGAUCAAAUUAAUCAUGGCUUUCAUCAGUUUGUCAACAAUCAUAUUUCCAUUUAUGAUACUAGCUAUUUUGUCAGCAAAAAGUAGUGUAAUGAUUGUCGAGGCACGCAAACUUCUAGAGUCAGAGACGCCUCAGCUCCCAAAACUUGAUUUGCCACCUCUACCAAAUCUUGAGUUUCCUAAGGUUCCUGAAUCACCUAAGCUAGAAAUUCCUAAAGUACUUGAGUUACCAAAGUCCGAGUUGCCUAAGGUUUCUAAAUUACCUAAGUCAGAAAUUCCUAAAGUACCUGAGUUACCAAAACCCGAGCUUCCUAAAGUUCCUGAAUUACCUAAGCCAGAAAUUCCUAAAGUACCUAAGUUACCAAAACCCGAACUGCCUAAGGUUCCUGAAUUACCUAAGUCAGAAAUUUCAAAAGUAUCUGAGUUACCAAAACCCGAGCUGCCUAAGGUUUCUGAAUUACCUAAGUCAGAAAUUCCUAAAGUACCUGAGUUACCAAAACCCGAGUUACCUAAAGUUCCAGAAUUGGAUAAAAUUCCUGAAUUUCCUAAACCUGAACUUCCCAAAGUCAAUAUCCCAGAACUAUCAAAACCUGAGCUACCUAAAUUCCCUGAAAUGCCUAAAGCUGUUCCAACCACUACUCCAUAA